GCAGUGGUCGGGGAAGGAUCCCCCAGAUCCAUUCUCUGCUCCUGGAUUCAAGAGGAUGAGGAGAGGGUUUGGAGCAGCGGCUGGGGGAGGGGAGAGGGAGAUGUAAGGGGGGUCCUCCUUUUAAAGGGCCCCCACUCUGUUUCCGGUUGAGGCCUGAAUCCGGUUGCCAUGGGGACAGGAGGAGGUGGAGGAAGGGAAGGAGAGAUGUUGCUACAGGGGAAGAUGGAGAUGGGGGAGGGGGGCUCGUGCCCCCUUCUCCCCUCUCUGGUGACCUUGGCCACUUCCCCAUGGGGAGUUCCGAGGGUCCGGCCCCCCCAUGUGCUUUAGGCAGCUGCAGCUGCAGCCCCUCUUCCUGUGUCUCUCCCCCUCCCCCGCUUGUCUCUCCUGUCUCUCGCUUCCUGUCUCAUUUCUUCCUCAAUCUCUCCCCAUCUCCUUCCUAUCUCUGUCACUCUACCAUCUCUCCCUGUCCCUCCUCCUCUCCCUCCACUGUUCUCUCAUCUUUCCCCCUUCCGUCCACUGUCUCUCAUUUCUCUUAUUUUCCAUUCCUGACUCUCUUCCUCUCUUCACCUCUCUGUUUCAUUCAUUCCCUCCCCCCCAUCUCCCUAACUCUGGUCCCCCCCUUCUUGUCACUGUCAGGCUCCCCCAAUCCCCGAGUUUCCCUUUGCCUUUGCCUUCUCUGGAGCCAGACCUUACCCCCUUCCCCCAUACCCAAAUCCUCGCCCUCCCCCCUCCCUGCCUCCCUCCCCCUCCCUCCUGUGUUCCCUCCCUCCCUCCUUUCCUCCCUCCCUCCCUCCCCUUCUCCAGCUCUUCCCAUCACCCAGUGGCAGCAGAACAGAAUUCUCUCCUCCCCCGGUUCUCGGGCCGGAUCAGCCAGGCCCCCUCAUCCCCUGGCCCCCGAUCCCAGACUCCUUGGUCCCCGGGGCACCCUCUCCCUCAGCUGCCAGGCCCAGGCACUUGGGUCCCCAAACUGCCCAGCUCCCCCUUCCUUCCUUCGGCACUUAAGCUCGGCGCCGGGGUUCCCCGGCUCCCCCUUCCCCCAUUCCGGAGGCUUAGCUCUCCAGACUCCUGCAUUCUCUAGUCCUCCACUUUCUGAACCCCCAACCCCCAUUCAUCUGCUUCAUUGGCCCCCAAGUCCUGAGGCUCAGCCCCUUGGACAACUGGCUCUCCCAGCCCCCCCAUUCCGGACACCUGAGUCCCCUCCCCGCCUUCCUCUCCAUCCUCCAUCCUAGGAGCUCAGCUUCUCGGACUAGCGGGUCCUCCGCCAGCCCACUCUCAGCCUCCCCAUCCCAGACACCUGGGCUCUCAUCCCCCAAGCCUUUGACUCAGCUCCCCGGACACCUGCGUCCUCUGGACAGCCGGGGUAGGGGGCUUCCUCCUCGUCCCCAUCUGUCAAUCUCAGCGGAGGCCUGACUACCGGGAGCUCCAGCCACUGACCAUGGCAGCCCGCUGACCCCCGUGCUCGACCGCCCGCCUGCCUCUUCGCUGCCCGGCGCCAGCCCCCCGGGGGGUCCCGUCUCGCCUGAGCCUGCCCAACCCCCGCCGCAGGCACGGCCCCUCCCCCGCUGCCCCGGUGGUGGCCGGCGGCCCCCCGGCUGCC